AUGUCUGAUCAAGACAUUCAUCCAAUUAAAUAUAGUGAAUUGCGAAGUAUCUACAAAUACUACAUAGAUUCAUUUGAUGCUUUAUAUCAGUUAAAAACCGAAAACGAAGAAGAUUUAAACAAGAUUUACAAAAUACUCAAGACAGAGUUGAUUGAUUCAAAGAAAUAUCUUCCCAAAAAUCUUAUAGAAGAUAUUUUGGUUUUAAUUUCUUAUAAUAACCGCUAUACUAUGUCAUACUUGAAACUUGUGAAAAAAAUAUCUGAUGAAUAUCAUGUAACAGAAGUCAAUGGCUUUAGAGAUGUUUUUAACUACAUCUUUUAUAAAGAAUAUGGGAUUAUAUUAAACAAAUCCUCUAAUUUCGAACAUAUUUUAUUCGAAAACAUAGAUAUUUUAUCAGAAGAUACAAUUUACAGAGCAAUUAUGAAUAAUGAUCUAGAAAGAUUUAUCUCAUUCACUGAAAGAGAUGGAUUUCAUGAAAAUCAAAAACUUGAAAGCGAUUUAUUUCCAAAUCCAUCAUAUUGUUACGUUAGUGGAUAUUCAUUACUUGAAUUAUGUUGUUACUAUGGAGCAGUUGAUUGUUUCAAGUUCUUAAUAACCAAGUUUAAAUCAAAAAUAACUCAAACAUGUCUAGAAUUUUCAUUUUUAGGCGGAAAUCAAGAGAUCAUGAGUGAAUGCUUGAAACAUCAGGAACCAAAUGAAAAAUGCAUGAAAUAUGCAAUUAUUUCACACAACAUUGAUUUUGUUACAUUCUUGAUGAAUGAAUAUAAUUUAAAAAUUAAUUUAGAUUCAUGUCAUUAUUAUAAUAAUCUUGAUGCAUUUUUAGUUUAUUUCGCUCAAACUAAUGAUAUUAACGAAUGUUUUGUUUCUUCAACAUUGUUUGAUAUUCCAUCCCUUUGCGAAUAUUUCCUUUUACAUGGUGUAGAUAUUAAUGCAAAAAAUAACGAUGGACAAACAGCUCUUCACAAAGCAGCACAAAAUAAUUUGAAAGAAAUAGCCGAAUUUCUUAUUUCACAUGGUGCAAACAUCAAUGAAAAAGGUCAAGAUGGAGAAAACGCACUUCAUUUUGCAGCAUAUUAUAAUAGUAAAGAAACUGCAGAAUUUCUUAUUUCACAUGGUGCAAAUAUCAAUGAAAAAAAUAAUUAUGAACAAACCGCUCUUCAUGAAGCAGCAUUGAAUAAUAGUAAAGAAACAGCUGAAUUUCUUAUUUCACACGGUGCAAAUAUCAAUGAAAAAGAUAAAGUUGGAGAAACUGCUCUUCAUAAAGCAGCAUUAAGUAAUAGCAAAGAAAUUUGCAAACUUCUUAUACCUGAGAAUUACACUUUCCGACAUUUUUGGGUCGCUUCGCGCCCCUGA